CACUUUUAUUAUACUUCUUUUUUCUUUGAUAACCCUCCUCUUCUUUUUAUCUACAUAAAAAGAAAGAGGUUGGUUUAUACUUUAUACAUUGAUAUUAAUCUAAUGGGAUUUGAAUGAAACGAGAUAUUUCCAGAAUGCCACACUUGUUUGUAAAAACAGAUAAUUCAACCACAACAAAGCUAUCAAAAAUCCAGUUACUUAAAACCAAAAUCCAGAUAAAAACAUGGUGGCGUCAGCUAAAGACACCCAGCAUUUCCAACAAGUCAACUGGUAGUGCCACAUCAUCACACACAACACUUGACUGGAGAUCGCUUUCUCCUGAUCGACCGCCACUACCGUUCUUCUUACCAGACAACUCUCCAACUUCAUCCACUACAUCCAUUCAUAAUAAUAAUAAUAAUGACACAUCCACUACUACUAAUUCUACUCAUAAUGCAUCAAACAUCACUUCUAAAACUACCAAAAAUACACUUAAUAACAUAGACAACUUAGACAAGCCUAAUAGAACGAAUACUGACGAUCGUAAUCAUCAAUCUCUCUGCCCAAUUCUUGAAGAAAGCGAAACAAUGAUCACAGAAAGCACUGAAUCCAACAUGAUGUUAAGUCGACUCUCACCUAGCAGUUUACAAGAGGAAGAAGAGCCUUCUCAACGUCAACUUGAAAAGCAACCCAUGUCCAUAAGUAGAUCGAGUGACGAAGAUGAAAGUUUACCAGAUAUCAAAUCCAUCCAAAAGACACCCAGUGAUCGAUACAUGUCGGAUAAUCUUGUAGGUGAUGAAGAACGUUGUAAACGCAAGUUUGCUAAAAUGGUAUUGGCGGCAAACAAGUUUCAAACAAAACAACAAAGAGAGGAAAAACCCAGUCAUAUGGAACUCGUGUUUGACGUGCAUGGGAAUAUUGAUAUGAUGUGUAUGGUUCGUCAAGGCAAAUCAGAAUAUCACAAGUUUUGCGGUAAUUCGCAAUAUGUUCCACCUGAAUUAUCAGUUCAAACAGAAUAUCACAGUGAAUUGGCUGAUAUCUGGGUCCUUGGGGUCUUUCUUUAUCGAAUGCUUGUGGGUAAAUAUCCUUUCUCGGCAGCCAAUGAUCAGCAAUUAUUCAAAAAAAUGUUGCAUGGUAACUUUAGUAUUCCAAACGAACUUUCUGAAGACGCCAAAGAUCUUCUUCGACGCAUGUUAGCACCCGAUUUAACUCGAGCCUCGUUAGAUUUAAUUAUUUAUCAUCCAUGGAUUAAAUCUUAUCGACCUUUAUUACUUGAUAAAUGUCAACAGCCAUCCUCAAAUCAUCAUCAACAGGAACAGUUACCUCCAGCACCUCAACAACAACAAAACACAAGAAGAAAGAAACCAUCCAAAUCAACUUCCACUGGUAAAAAAUUGCUGAAAAGAGCAUUCUCUCUUCUAGUGCAAGGUCCCUUUCCUCCACCCAAACAGCCUUAUAAAGAUUUAUCUCAUUUAGGCACCAGAGAAACCGUCUUUGCUCGUCAAAGAGUUUAAUCUUUCUUUUUUUUCUUCUUUCUCUCUCCAUUUCUCCAUUCCUUUAUAUGUAAAUUUAUUGCCCUUCUCCCCCUUUUCCCAUGUACUAUAAUUAGAAUACCAAAAUACAUUUUUACUUUUUGUUUUGACAAUAAAAAAGAUUUUUUUUGGGAUUAUCAUGUUA